AUGCAUUGCAACAUCAUCCUCGUCGCCACAACUUUGGCCCCGUUUGUCACCGUCGGCCUCGCCCUACCUACGACAACCGCGCCAGAGGCAGAGAUCGAAGGCCCUCAUUCAAUGGCAAGAGAGGAUGUCUCUGGAUUCUGCCAGGUGACUGGAACCGCUGGAGUUUGCCAGAUUGAUAGAGGGCCAAAGAUGGGGAGCUAUCCAUGCUCAGGAGGCAGCCCGUGCACCAACGAUGGCAACGUCUGCAACGAGCGCAUCGACUCUGGACGAUCCGCAUUUUGCACUUGA